AUGUCUUGCCAAUCUUGUCACGCUAGCUCUGUCUGGGAUUCAAAAAACCACAGCUCCUGUUCAGAAGUUUGGCCUCAAAAUGUAGGCCAGUCAAAUCCAGACAACACUGUUUGCUGUCCUGUAGGCAUUGGAAUAUGUUAUGGACGAGCAGGAGGCUUCAGCAGUAGGAGUGUCGGCUCCUGUGGACCAAGACUUGCCAACAGCCUCCCUGCAAACGGGCAUCACAGCGGUGUCGGCAUUGCAUAUAGCUGCUGUGGCGCUGAAUAUAGCUACAGGAAUGCUGGACCCGUUGCUCCUGGUACACUGCGCAUAGCGCCUGUGUCUUGCAAUGAGUCGCUGCUGCAACCUCUCAACCUGCACCUUGACAGCACAGCCUUAGCGGUGAAGUGCCAGGCGAAGAAUGAGCUUCAGACCCUCAAUAGCAAACUGGCCACUUUCAUUGACAAGGUCCGAUUACUGGAGCAACACAAUCUGAUGCUGAAGACCAAGUGGGACUUCGUAAAAGAAAAGAAACGUUGCAAAAGUAACAUGGAGCCCCUCUUCAAUGAGCACAUCAACUUGCUGAAGAAAGAGAUGGAAUGUCUCGAAUUGGAGAGGGACAAGCUGAAGGCUGAACGUAAUUCUUUAGAACAAGUUUUGGAGGGCCAUAAAAAGAGGUAUGAAGAAGAAUGCAAUAAACGAACGUCUACAGAGAAUGAGUUUGUAUUACUUAAAAAGGAUUUGGAUUGUGCCUUUACACACAAAGCAGAUCUGGAAGCUAAAGUGGAAAGUCACGUGAAACAAAUCAACUUCUUGAGACGUAUCUAUGGACAGGAAAUUUGUGAGCUCCAGGAUUCUAUUUCCAACACAUGCGUCAUGGUGCAAAUGAACAACAGUCGAGGCUUAGACAUGGGUCACACCAUUGAGGAGUUCCAGCAUCAAUAUGAGGGCAUUGUGUUCAAAGGCCGAGCUGAGGCUGAGGCUUGGUUCCAGUGCAAGUAUCAAGCGCUCAAGACAAUGGCAGCCAAACACUGUGAUGAUCUGCAUCAUGUCAAAGAAGAACUUCAGGCUAUGACUCGUGUUGCUCACACGCUGGAGUCAGAAAUUGCAAAUAUUAAAUCUCAGCGUUGCAAACUGGAAGAGGAGGUGGCCUCAGCUGAGGAGCGUGGGGCGAUGGCGGUGAAAGAUGCCAAGUGCAAACUGGCUGACCUGGAGGAGGCCCUGCACAAGGCCAAGCAGGAUAUGGCCUGCCAACUGCGGGAGUACCAGGACCUGAUGAAUGUCAAGAUGGCCCUGGAUAUUGAGAUUGCCACAUACAGGAAACUGCUGGAAGGAGAGGAAUGCAGGUUGAAGGAAGGCAAGUGUGCGGUGAACAUCUGUGUCCGGAGAAGUGAGGGGGCUAUAGUUUGUGAUGGUGCCUCCCACAAAGUACCUGCCUACCCUUCUCCAUGUGGAAGCAGCCACAGAGAUACAGGGACUGAUGGAAACUCUAGAGCCACUUGUGGUGGAAGCCCUGCCAUGAAGAGCGCAAAGAGCAUCCAUCAGGACAUCAGGAGCUCCUCUCAUCCAGACAAACAUGAUGUUCAACAUGGUUUCAGUGGUGGAAGUACUCAUACCACCACACUGCGCUUCGUGUCCUCUGCUUACUCAUGUGGCCCUCCAUGUUGA